AUGGCCGACCUCCCCAGCCCGGCUGACCAAUCCCAGGCAAUAAUUGAUCCAAUAGCAGACCUGUCACAAAAACUAUUCCAGUUAAUUCAGAAUAGCCAAAAUGGAAAUCAGAAAUCAACAAACCAAUUCACUCUUGAUUCAGCACAGCCACCGUCCGACAUAAAAUUGAAUGAUUCCAAUUAUGUUGUCUGGACAAAGAUGAUGGAGAUGUUUAUCACAGGGCGAGGGAAAUCAAACCAUCUGACUGGGACUCCCUCCCCUCCGACAGAAACAGACCCCGCAAUUUACCUAUGGCAAACUAAUGACAGCAUUGUCCGAGGAUGGUUAAUCCAGACGGUAGAGCAGAAGCUCCGUCCAAAUUUAUUGCAGUACAAGACAAGCAAAGGACUGUGGGAUGCCCUCAAGAUCAGAUUCAAUACAGGUAGCAACAAACUUAUCAUUUACGAGUUACAGUCUAAAGCAUACAAAUUAACACAACAAUGA